AUGGUGCCGCCGCGGGCGCCCGACCCGGGGCAGCGGCUGCGGCCGCGCGGGGCCUCCCGUCUGGGCGGCAGGUGGGCGCCCCGCGGGUGGGCUCCGGGCGCGGCGGCGGGGCUCUGCCUCCGUGCCUGCCGGCCGCCCUGCCCGCUGCUGCGCCCGCUGCCCGGCGCGGACCAGACUGUCAGCGCCGCCCCAGAGCCGGGAUGCGGCGGCGGCGGCGGCGGCGGCAGGCGGGCGAGCGGGGGGGCGGGCCGGGGGCGGGCCGAGGAUGGGGUUACCUGGGCGGGCCCAGUGGGCCGGGACACCCCCCGGGGGCGGGCCGGAGCCGCGGCGGCAGUGGCCGCCCAAGCCCGCGGGACUGGGCUUCUCCGGGGGCCUCCCCGGCCGGGCGCUUCGGAGGACUGGGGGCCGGAGCGCGCUCCGGGCACGCUCGGCUGCGCGCCGCCUGGCCUGACCCGGCGAGAGGCGCGGCGACCCAGCUGCCCGGUCCCCGCCCGGGCCCUGGGGACAGGCGGGCACAGCUCCCCCAGCCCGCCGCUGUGGGCACUGCAGCGCCGCCCGGGCCGCCCCCCUCACCCCCCUCACCCCCCUCCGGCGUCUCGGAGCCCAGACCCCGGCCCGACCGUGGCGGACGGACUGAGCGCGGCUCCCGCUCGCGCGCUCUCAGUCGCUUGCACUCCGGACGCCCCGGGCCGCGCACCCUGGAGCUCGGUGCCACCCGGCCGCCCCCCGCCAGGCCCCUCCCUGCCUCCCGGCUGGCGCGUCCUCAGGCCCAGCCCCUCCCUGGCGCUCACCUCCCUCCGGCCUUCCGGGAGCUGGACGGGGCCUCCCCAGCUUCGGGCAGCUAGGGACAGCGGCGCGAGCCUGCGGGAAUCCGAAGCCUUGCUUCUGGCCAGCCGCAGGAUCUGGGCGCGCCCUAGGCAGCAGAGUCUGGACCAAGCCCCUACCUCACCGAGCCUCCGUUUUCUCAUCUGA